AAAAGAACAAGAAAGGGAAAUGGGAUUGUAAGUAAUUAUAGUAAUAACAAAUUAGAGAUUUAAAGAUAAGACUUCUUUUAAGCAAUACAUUUAUGUCUUUAGUAGUGGUUGUAAACUUAGCUAUGGUUUCUUAUUUGAAAGAAAAUGAUGGUGGUGAUUAUACUUAAUUUUCUUAUAUUACAAAUAUUAGCACAACUGACCAAGAUAAGUAUAGAUCUUAUUUAGACCUGGCCAUUUCAGCAUUUGUUUUAAUGUUAACAGGAUUUUUGGUAGGAAUGGUUUAACCAUUUUUGAAAUUAAGUGCUCUUUCAUAUGUGAUGGCUCUGUUGAUAUUAGCAGGAUAUGUGUGUUUAUUUGCAGGAGUAUUCAUUAAUGAUACAUUCUAAUAUAAUUUCACAGAUAAAACAUUUAAUUAUAGUUUGGCAUCAUUCUUUGGAAUGGGAGGAGUAUUUAUUUAAGGAAUGGUAAAUGCUUGGAGAUAAAGAUCAGUUGAUUGAAUAUUCAUUAUUGAACAUUAUAUUAAAUAAUUUAAAU